AUGUCCUACCUUUCUGCUGAAAAGGCAGAAUCAGAGCUUGCUCAAAGUAUUAGAAAAGCUUGUAGCAUAGAAGAAACCGCACCAAAGCAAAAACACGUUAGAACACUUAUCUUGGUUCACAAAAUCAUUAAGGAUGGACAUCCUAACGUAAUUAAAGAUGCCAUUCGCGAAACGAAUUGGUUAGAAACCUGUGCUCGCAGCGUCAAUGGCGACGGCAUGCGGGGUUAUGGUACUUUGAUUCGUUCCUACGUCGAUUUCUUAUUACAUAAACUUCAAUAUCACCGUACCCACCCUGAAUUCAAUGGUUCAUUUGAUUAUGAGGAAUAUAUCAGUUUGAAAAAUAUUGAUGAUCCCAAUGAAGGUUUUGAAACUAUCAGCGAUUUGAUGACUCUGCAAGAUCAUAUCGACAGAUUUCAGAAAGUUGUAUUCCACAGUUUCCGACACCACUCGAACAACGAAUGUCGUAUUGCUGCUCUUGUACCUCUUGUUGAAGAAAGUUAUGGUAUUUACAAGUUCAUCACCAGCAUGUUGAGAGCUAUGUAUCAGAGGACUGACUCGUCAGAGGCUCUUACUCCAUUGAAGCAAAAGUUCAAUGCGCAACAUUAUGCUCUUUUAAAGUUCUAUUAUGAAUGCUCUAACCUCAAAUAUUUGACCAGUCUUAUCAAUGUUCCAAAACUUUCACCCGAUCCACCAUCUCUCACCGAUUCGAGCACACCUCAACUUCCUAAACGACCCGAGGUGACCCGUGCCAUCGAAGCUCCACCUGCUCAAGCUUCUCCCGAGCCUGUCAUUGAUUUUUGGUCCCAGAAACAAGCUCAACAACAACGUGAAUAUGACGAACAGCAGCAGCGCUUAGCUCAGCAAAGAGCCGAAGAACAAGAAAAAAUCAGACAAAUGCAAUUGCAACAACAAAGAGAGUACGAAGAACAGCAGCGUCGUAUGGCCGAUCUCGAACGACAAAGACAAGAAGAGUUAUUGAGACAACAAAUGCAAAUGCAGCAAAAUGGCCGAAUCAAUGAUUUAGAAAUGCAGUUGUUGAAUAGUCGCAACCAAUUGGAGCGAAAUCAGUUGAUGCUAGAGCAGUAUGAUAGAAGAGUCAAGGCUCUUGAACAAGAAUUGACUUCUGUCACGGCUAAUGCUCAGCAGAGAGAUCAGUCAAAGGAUGAGUUGAUUCGCUCUUUACAGAGUAGGUUCCAUUUCAGUAAAAGGGCACUACAAGUAAAGGCCAAUUCAGCACAAGAAACUACGGAAAAGCUAGAACGAAUUCAAGCUGAUAUGCGUGCAAAGAAUGUCGAGCUUGCUGAUUUAAUCCGUGAGCGCGAUAGAGCCCGUAACGAGUUAGCGCGUAUACAAGGGAAUCAGCGUGAUGAUAUGGAUCGUUUGCGUCGCGAAUUGGACAGUGCCCGUGAACAAAUCUCAAAUAUGGGCAGAUCAAAAGGUGAUGAAGUUAGUGCUCUCUUAACAAAAUUCAAUAAGGAAAAGCAAGAACUUGAAGCUAGUUUAAUGGAAAAACAAGCCUUAAUUGAUGAAUUCUUGAAGCAAAUUGAAGAGCAACAAGGCGAAACCGAUCAUAUCCGCCAAGAAAAAGAUGAAGAAAUUGCUGUUUUACAAGCUGGUAUGGAUGAAUGCCUUCAACAACUUGCUGAACUUCAACAGAAUGAUAGACAGCAAGAACUUCAAAGUCAACUUGAUCGUUUGGAAUCUGAACAAAAUGACAAACUGAACCAAAUUUUGGAUUCCAUUCUGAGUACUUGCAUUCAGAAAAUCAAUGACAGUAUUUACGCAUUGGAUGCUCCUGGAUCGCACGGUAACGAAAAUGCAACGCCAGAAUUAGCAUUAUCCAUGAUUGAAAGGGCUAGUAUUACAUCAGUUGAAUUCAUGUCGGCAUUCAGCAAAUUUUUGGAUGGAAGUAAUACAGGCGAUCAUACAAGCACCAUCACUCGUACUCUUGAAUUUUCAGAUACUAUUGUGGAUGUGCUUCAACAUGCACAAGGUUUAACUCAAUAUGCUACUAAAGAUGAAGACGGAGAAGAGCUUAUUAAACUUGGUAAAAAUACAGCUGAAGCCUGUAUUCACUACUUUAGCAGUGUCAUGUCUACCUACCUUAAAAUGCUGCCACAUGCUCAAAGACCGGAGGUGGUCAUUCAAGGGGAUAUGCGUGUUCAAGAAGCUUUGACGAAAUUAUCCCAAAAGACGGAAGAUUUGAUUUUGACUGGAGCCGCUGAUGUUAAUAAGAUGGCAGAAGGAGAAGUAGGCGAUCUUGUUGAGCAAGAAAUGAGCCGUGCUGCUCGCACCAUUGAGGAAGCUUCUGCUAAAAUCCAACAACUACUUCAACGACCCGCUAAUCCUGCCUUUUCUGCUACUGAUAUUCAAGUCCAUCAGCUGAUUUUAAACUCUGUAUUAGCUCUUACCAAUGCUAUUGCUAAUUUGAUUAAAUGCGCCACUGCCUCUCAGCAAGAAAUUGUCGCUCAAGGUCGAGGUUCUGCUUCCAAAGCUGCAUUCUAUAAAAAACAUAACAGAUGGACAGAAGGUUUGAUUUCGGCUGCGAAAGCUGUCGCUGUCGCCACAAAUAUGUUAGUAGAAGCUGCAGACGGUGUGAUAAGUAAGACACAUUCUCUUGAGCAGCUUAUUGUUGCCUCCAACGAAGUGUCAGCUGCUACCGCUCAGUUGGUGUCCGCUUCUCGUGUGAAAUCUAGCUUUAUGUCGCGUACUCAAGAACGUCUGGAACUGGCUGCCAAGGGCGUAAAGGAUGCCGCUGCUGAAUUAGUGAAACAAAUCAAGAGUCUUGUGGCUCAACAAAAUAAGGAUGAAACCGAUGAAAUCGACUUUAACAAGUUAUCUGUCCAUGAAUUCAAAUGUAGAGAAAUGGAACAACAAGUCAAAAUUUUGAAACUGGAUGCUGAAUUAACUAAUGCUCGUCGCAUAUUGGCUGAAAUGAGACGUAGCGGUUACCACACAGAGGAAACAGACUAACGUCUGUUUGAACUUUCUAUCUACAAUCCUACACUUUGAUCAACGUAAUAUUUAUCAGCAAUAAAUCAGAGUUAAUGCCGUCAUUCAUUAAUAUAACAUGCCUACUGUGAAAAUUAACAGCGAUAUGAGUAUUAUUUCAUUGUGGAUUUAUCAACAAUCUCAUUCUUGUGUUUAUGCCCGCUGUUUAUUUUACUUUGCCUAGGAAAGCUUCCGUUCGGGCGCAGUUUUUUUGCAUGGUCAUUGCUCUCAGACAUUAUGAUAGCCAUCACAGACAGAUACUGUUUGUUGAUAGAGUCGCUCAAAUUGCAUUUCUUUUAUUGAUGGAU